ACCAAAGCCCUCAUCUUCUGUCUGCUUUCUCCUCAUCGCCGUGCCUCUCUCUCUUACAUUUGUCUCUGUCAUUCAACACUUUAAAUUGUUCUAUAAAUUAUUCUCUCUUCAUCUUCUCAAUUUCCUCAAUUCAAAAGCCAUGACUUCCUCUUUCACUCACCUCCUCACAAGUAACAUGAACAACAUGGACACCAAUAUUGACCAGGAAAGAACUAACUGGGGACUUUCAGACUAUUCUUCAGACCGUUUAAUGGACAGAAAUGGCAUUGAAAUCCCAAAAUUCAAGUCACUUCAGCCCCCUUCUCUGCCUAUGUCUCCUCCUCCUGUUUCCCCUUCUUCGUACUUAGCAUCAACACCAGCUUUUAGCCCAACUGAUUUUUUCAGCUCACCCAUGUUCCUAUCUUCCUCUAAUACUCUUCAAUCUCCAACAAGUGGAGCCUUCUCUAGUCAAAUCUUUGACUGGAUGAGUAAUUCUAAAGAAACCCAGCAAGGAAUGGAGAGGGAACAGAAAAUGUUCUCUGAAUUCUCUUUCCAACCAGAAACAAGGCCUGCUGCAACAUCAUCCUCAUCCUUUAACAUUCAAGCUUCUUCAAUCAUGGCUUCAGUGGAAGAAUCGUUGAAAAUGGAACAGAAACCAUGGGAUUUCAACAGAAUCUCAAGGCAAGCUGAUUCUUCAACAGAGAAGACAGGAGUUAAGUCUGAAUUUGAGCCACUACAGAUCAUCUUGCCAGAGAUUGGCACAAACCAAACAAAUAUGCAGACCAAUGGACCUAGUGGGGCUCCUAGGCCUGAUUCAAUACAUUGCACUCAAUCGUCUCAGUUUGUCAGAGAACAAAAAUCAGAUGAUGGGUUCAAUUGGAGAAAAUAUGGGCAGAAACAAGUGAAGGGCAGCGAAAAUCCGCGGAGUUAUUACAAGUGCACAUAUCCGAAUUGCCCAACAAAAAAAAAGGUUGAGAGAUCAUUGGAUGGACAUAUCACUCAAAUUGUAUACAAGGGAAGUCACAACCAUCCCAAGCCUCAGUCUACAAGAAGAUCAACCUCUCAGUCAAUUCAGGGUUCUUCAUAUGGCAUUUCUGAUCAAUCUGUGCCAACAAUAUCCAAUCCGAAAAUGGAAUCUGUCACGAUGCAGGAGGACUCUUCAGCCUCAAUUGGAGAGGAUGAGUUUGAACAAAACUCACCACUAAGUAAUUCAGGAGGAGCUGAAGAUGAAAAUGAGCCUGAGGCCAAAAGAUGGAAGGGAGAAAAUGCGAACGAUCAGCCCUUUUCAGCUGCUGGGAGUAGAAUUGUAAAAGAGCCAAGAAUUGUAGUGCAGACAACAAGCGAAAUAGAUAUUCUGGAUGAUGGGUACAGAUGGAGGAAAUAUGGACAGAAAGUAGUGAAGGGAAAUCCAAAUCCAAGGAGCUACUACAAAUGCACAUCGGUAGGUUGUCCGGUGAGGAAACAUGUGGAGCGAGCUUCACAUGAUACAAGGGCUGUGAUCACCACAUACGAAGGGAAACACAACCAUGAUGUUCCUGCAGCGCGCGGCAGCGGCAGUUAUAGCAAUGGAAAUAGACCUGCUUCUGAUAAUGGCAGCAACAACAACAGCAAUGUGUCCAUGGCUGUGAGGCCCUUAGCCUUGCCUAAUCAUUCGAACUUGAGCUACCUCAGCUCUCUUCAGAAUACAAGGCAGCCAACAACAGAAAGGCAAUCACCCUAUACCCUCAAAAUGUUGCAAAGUGAAGGAAGUUAUGGAUUUCCGGAGUUCUAAAAGCUGACGUGCAAAUCAGAAUCAAAUGUUACACUUUGUGUUUAGGGGUGAAACCAAGACGACAAGAUUUAAUUAGACUUUAGUUUUUUUUUUAAAUGUAUAGUUCCUGAGGAAGUAGUUCUCUAAGGGUUAAUUAUGUAAAGACUGGCAUGUGUUGCAUUUGUUUAUUUGUUUGAGGAUAAGGCCUCUUUCUUUUUGUUCCAUGUUAUAAUUAUUCUAGGAAGAACAGAAAAUAACAGGUUGAAUAAAGGGUUGCUUGAAUUUGGAAGAAGUGAA